AUUUGUAUGUUCCUUGAAAGGCAUUUAAAAAUUUCUUCAACCCCAUCAAUCAACCAAGCACUAGCUUUAGAUCCCAUGAACAAACAAACAAAUCCACCGAACAGGGACGGCAAUGCCAUCCUCUUUGCUUUGGACUUCAUCAAAUCUCCAUAUUUUUAAUGUACAAUAAAACAGUGCUACAACCAAACCUUCCAUUUAAGCUCUAUAUAUUAUCAUAAAGCCAUGGCUUUUACUUCAGAACUUCCAUUGAAGCUCCAACUUCUCACUUCCAUGGCCUACUCCUCCUGGCUUCUGAUUAUUGUGGCCUUUUGUUUGACGGUGCAACGUUCUGCAGCUGUUCGAGGAUUUUCGAUCAGAGAAGCCACCAUACCUGACCUUCAGCUAGCUUUCAAGCGAAACCAGCUCACUUCGACGGGCCUUGUCGAGUUCUACAUUGGGGAAAUUCGCAGACUCAACCCGGUUGUCCAUGGUGUCAUAGAAAUCAACCCAGAUGCCUUGCUGCAAGCUUACAAGAGUGACAGAGAGCGUGAGGCUAAGAAGCCUGGAUCGCUUUGUGGGCUGCAUGGAAUCCCAGUUUUGUUGAAGGAUAGCAUUGGGACUAAGGAUAAGUUGAACACUACUGCUGGGUCGUUCGCGUUGCUUGGCUCUAUCGUACCCCGUGAUGCAGGCGUGGUGAAGAGACUAAGAAGGGCUGGAGCCAUCAUACUGGGAAAGGCUAGCUUGAGUGAAUGGGCUGAUUUUAGGUCCCUUGCUGCUCCUGCUGGUUUGAGCGCUAGAGGUGGCCAGGGAAAGAAUCCAUAUGUUUUAUCAGCAUCACCCUGUGGAUCCAGCAGUGGACCUUCCAUAUCAGUAGCAGCAAACAUAGCAGCAGUGUCAAUAGGAACUGAAACCGACGGUUCUAUCCUCUGUCCAGCUAGUUUUAACUCGGUCGUCGGUAUCAAACCGACCGUCGGCCUCACCAGUAGAGCAGGUGUCAUUCCAGUCUCCCCAAGACAAGACACUAUAGGGCCAAUCGGCAGGACAGUGACGGAUGCUGUAAUAGUUCUUGACACCAUUGUGGGAUUUGAUUACAAUGAUGAAGCCACCAGAACAUCCUCCAAGUAUAUUCCAUACGGUGGCUACAAACAAUUCCUCAAUGCAAAUGGGUUGAAAGGGAAACGAUUGGGCAUUGUGAGGAACCCUUUUCUCAGCUUCUUUAAUGAUUCAGCCAUCACUCAAGCUUUUGAGGAACAUUUCAACAUUCUAAAGCAAGGUGGUGCAAUUUUGGUAGACAAUCUAGAGAUAGCAAAUAUAGAUAUCAUCUUAAACGUGACUGCAAGUGGAGAAGCAGUGGCAUUGCUAGCUGAAUUCAAACAAUCAUUAAAUGAGUACCUGAAAGAGCUGGUGGCUUCCCCUGUUCGAAGUUUGGCCGACAUAAUUGCCUUCGAUAACGCAAAUCCAGAUCAGGUAACACAAUAUUCAAUCCAUUGUUCAUCGCAUAGUAAUCGCAUUCAUUCGGAAUCGAUUCGAAUCAUGGUUGUGCAGGAACUGCUCGACGUUUUCGGCCAGGAGAUUUUUCUCGCGGCCGAAGCCACAAAUGGGAUCGGCGACGUGCAGAAGGCGGCUCUGUUGAACUUGGCGAAGCUGACGAAGGAUGGGUUUGAGAAAGUGGUGGAGGAGGAGCGGUUGGAUGCGGUGGUGACGCCAGGUCCCGCCAUAGCUACGGUGCUUGCAAUAGGGGGAUUUCCGGGAAUCAAUGUUCCGGCGGGAUACGACGGCGGAGGAGUUCCAUUUGGGAUUAACUUCGGAGGGUUGAAGGGUUCAGAGCCGAAGCUGAUUGAGGUUGCUUACGCGUUCGAGCAGGCCACUCUGAUAAGAAAGCCUCCUUCCUUCAAGCCUUGAAGUGAAUCAAAUUACAACUUUCAUCAAUUGAGCUAUGUGUUAAAGAUAUUGAAAUUAAUUGACAUUUUAGCUAUUGAACUACGACCUACGACAUAAAACUACUUUGUGUUGCAAUGAUCUAACUUAAUUCGAACAAAAUUAUUGUUGUCUCGUAUUAUGAGACCAAUUGUUGUCUCGUAUUAUGUGAACAAAAGUAGGUUGUA